UCUCUGCCAGCUGAUUGGCCAGUAUUUUUUGCAGGUGUGGUAGAGCGAGGUAGGUUGCUACAUGAAAGCCUGUAUCACCCGGCUCCUAACUCCGUUCUGGGCUGUUCUGUCUGCGGAAUGUAACGGUGCCAGAGCUUCGCUAUGGGCAGGGAGUCUGCAGGCCAGGCUUGUAGAGGCAGAGCUUGUUUCAUUGGCUGAAGCACUCCAUCCUCUCCUAUCUGCAGCACCAAGCCUCUCAUCCACAUACCGGCACACUGCAGGGGCAUUGUGCUAUCUGGCUUCCUGUAACACCGCACCUUCUUCUGCUCAGCUACCAUCUGACAAGAUGAGCCGGGGAUAUUCAGAAAACAAUAAUUUUCUUUAUGAUAAUAACCAGAUGGUUUUGGAUAUGAUUCUGUAUUCGCUGGUGGGUGUCCCUCAGCCCAUUAAUUGGGACAGUGUUGCAAGGCUGGUUCCAGGAUAUACAUCCAAAGAGUGUGCCAAGAGAUUUGAAGAACUGAAAAGCAGUGGGGCAUCGCCUGUUGACAACCAGUAUAACCCAUUGCUUGCAGCAGGAGGAAUUCCUCUGGAUAGCCUGGCUAUGUACAUCAAAUCUUCCCUGCUGGAUCCAGCGGAGGACCCAGAGGAGGUGGCAGAAGGAGAAUGCACCACCUCUACCACAGGAAGAUUGUGCCCUGUUUCAUCCAGGAACUGUUCUGCAGAAAAGGAGAAAUCCUCUUCAUCUGUGGGCAGAGAACACAAGAAAGGAAAUCAGGGGCCAAAUAUGGUCAUUCAUGUAUGUGACGAAGCCAAGAACCUGAGAGAAGACUUUGUGUGUCCACGAGAUGUUCUGAUCUCGGAGAUGAAGUACUUUGCAGAAUAUUUAACUACAGAUGCCCAACGAUGGGAGGAAGUGGAUAUAUCUGUCCACUGUGAUGUGCAUAUCUUUAAUUGGCUGAUAAAAUACGUCAAGCGGAAUUCAAAUGAAAUGGACAAGCAGGAUGUACCAAAACUGGAACCUGGAAACGUUAUUUCAAUUCUGAUCUCAUCUGAGUUUUUAAAGAUGGAUUCGUUAGUACAGGAAUGCAUUGACUACUGUCAUAAAAACUUGAGUGCCAUUGUUGCAACCCCAUGCAAUAUGAACUGCAUCAAUGCAAACCUCUUAACGAGGAUUACUGAUCUCUUCACACAUAAUGAGGCAGAUGAUAUAAAGGACAGGAAAGACAAAUUUAAGAGCAAAAUAUUCUGCAAGAAGAUUGAACGACUGUUUGAUCCUGAAUAUAAAAACCCAGAUUCUCCAGCAAGUGCUGCCACACUGUACAGAUGCUGGUUGUGUAAGAAGCUGCUGACAAAGGAAGUUGAGCAGAAGAUUGCCUGUCUACCUGGGAAAAUCAACAUCGACCAGUAUGGAAAUAUUGUUUUCUUUCACAUAAGAGACAAAACAUGGGACGUUCAUGAAUACCUGACUGGUUUAAACGAGGAACUGAAGUCCUGGAGAGAUGUAUAUUGGCGUUUAUGGGGGACUAUAAAUUGGCUUACCUGUUGCAGAUGUAAACAAACGUUCCUCUGCAAUGAGUUGUCACAUUGCCAGUAUCACCCUGAGCCAGCCGUGUAUGUAAGUGCAGCAAGUCCUCCGGAUUCCCCCGGGACUGGCGUCUAUCCCUGCUGUAACCAACGAGUCCUCAGGUUUGACCCCGCACAGCUUCCCAAGGGCUGUAAGGUGCGGGACCAUGUUAUAGGUGUGCCAGGUGGAGGCGAUGCAUCAGACAGUCCUUCUAGUAUUCUUCUCACCGAUCUCCUGAUGAGAAGGGACAUUGUAGUUGUGCCUUUUUCUAAAGACUUGAAUGGGGACUGUGGAAUCAGCCUAAGUCAAGAUAAAAGUCUUGAAUGUGAUGUCCAGGUAGAACCCAGCGCUCUAUGUGGACAGAAAGCUGGGGAGAUAAAUGCUUUUCUUUUAUUAAAAAACUUCAGUCUUCAGUUGAAGCAGCAGUCCCUGCUGUCUGAAGAGGACGACUACACAACGGGAUCUGAGGUGACCGAGGAUGAGGUUGGAGAUGAGGAAGAGGUGUCCAAAAAGCAAGCAGGUAGAAAAGAAAGACUGAAGAAGUCCAAUAGACAGCCAAAAAAACAAAUUUCUUCACCUAGCAUCCAUAAAAAAGAGAGACAACAAGAAAAGUCAUCUCGAGACUCCUCUCCAUUUACAGUGAGCGUACAGAGAAAUAAAUGGGAUGCAUCUCGCUCUUUGAGGUUUAACCAAGAUGCUCAAAGAGAGGACGACCAGAGAAGGAUGACAGAAAUCACAGGUCACCUGAUCAAAAUACGACUAGGAGACCUUGAACGCGUGAAAGCCAAGGAUGGGAAGGAACAUGCAGGUGGAAUUUACUCCAGACUCGAAGCUCAAAUCAAAGCCUCAGCUCAGUCUAAUACCCGGCAAAGUAAUACUGAAAAGAACCCCAGGUCAAAACCUCGUUUUGGUGCAGGACGGCCAACGUAAAUCCAGACAGUGAAUGACUUUUAUGUAUAGAACAAAGAUUUUAUUGGGAUUGAUGAUUUGUCCAUAAGGACAAUAUAAUUAUUCAUAGUUCUAACUCUUGCUUGGCAAGUUUUUGCUUUUCUGAAAGCUGCACAGGUGAAUUUGCUAAAGUAUUAUUUUAGCUGUAAAUGCUCUUUUUAAUUAAACUUAUUUUAAACAAA